GCUACAGGACUUCAGAUUCAGACUAACACGGCUCCCCCUCCGGUACUUGUCACGUGUAGUGGACGCCUAGACAAUAUUCACAACUUCAGAUACAAAAAUGAUCCAUUCAGAUAAAUAGGAUAAUCACAAUCAGUAGACGACAGCUGUUUCCAUGGUACCUCCCACGGCCUGUCUUGUAUUAUUCCGUAAUGAUAGCAUGAUAGGAUUAGCGUGAAGAACACGGGGCAUCGUGUCACUGGGUGCCAAUUCCUCAAAAGAUACCAAAUGGGACCCACUCUGGUUUUAGGACAGAUGGACAAUCAGAACCGGGUGUCUGAGGAGACCGAUUGGACUGAGCUGCGCUCGGGUCUUUGCCACAGAGCGGCAAGGGCCUUUGGCGAGUACCUUUCGCAGAACCACCCCGAGGGCAGAAACGGCUCAGAUCACCUGCUAGCGGACUCCUACCUGGGGCAGGAAGACUCCCCCGAGCUGCAGCAGGCGGCUCAGAACAAGCGCCGGCUGUCCGUCCUCUCCGAUGGCAAGCUGGAGCGGAGCUUCUCGGAGGAGCGGGCGGAGCAGCUGCCGAGCGAGGGGCUGUCGGCGCGGGUGUACACCAUCUCCGGGGAGCGGCCCAUGCUGUCAGACCACGGGAGCGAGAGCCUGGAGCUGGUGGUGAUGAAAGGCCCCGGCCGUGAGGCCUGCCCCCAUGGCCGGGCCCUGCAGGGCGGGGGCAGCUCCCAGAGCGUUGGCAGGCAUUGCAAGGGCUGGGCAGGCGGUCGGCAGGGCUCCAGGGAGUGCCCCACCUGUGCGCGGCUGGCGGCCCACUCGCAGCACUCCUUCGACCUGGAGCAGCACCAGUCCCGGGAGACCGGCUGGCGCAGGAAGAAGCUGGAGCGGAUGUACAGUAUCGACCGAGUGUCUGAUGACGUCCCUGUUCGCACCUGGUUCCCCAAGGAGAAUCUCUUCACUUUCCAAACAUCGGUUAAUGGCUUGCGAUGGCUUCCUAGGGCGUUCAGGGGCUACGCAGAGAGGAAGAGACGGAAACGGGAGAAUGAUUCGGCAGCUGUUAUUCAGAGGAUCUUUCGGAAGCAUUUGCGCAUGGUGGGGAGCCGCCGGGUGAAAGCACAGACGUUCGGCGAGCGGCGCGAGAAAAGCUUCAGCAGGUCCUGGAGCGACCCGACUCCCGUCAAAGCGGAUUCCUUCCAUGACUCCCGAGAAAGUGAGUUCCUCAUUUCUUCCAAGGUGCCCAAAGCGGAGUACAUCCCGACGAUCAUCCGCAGAGACGACCCCUCCAUCAUCCCCAUUCUCUACGACCACGAACACGCCACCUUUGACGAUAUCCUAGAGGAGAUAGAGAAGAAGCUGAACGUUUAUCGGAAAGGCUGCAGGAUUUGGAAGAUGCUGAUUUUCUGUCAGGGAGGUCCUGGCCACUUGUAUUUGUUGAAGAAUAAAGUUGCCACCUUUGCCAAAGUGGAGAAGGAGGAAGAUCUGAUCCUCUUCUGGAAGCGUCUGAGUCGAUUGAUGAGCAAAAUCAACCCUGAGCCAAAUGUCAUUCACAUCAUGGGCUGCUACGUUCUGGGGAACCCCAAUGGGGAGAAGCUCUUUCAGAGUCUGAAAACCCUAAUGAAUCCGUAUCGCAUGGUCUUCGAGUCACCGCUGGAGCUUUCAGCUCAAGGGAAGCAGGUGAUUGAAACUUACUUUGACUUCCGCCUUUACCGCCUCUGGAAGACUCGCCAGCAUUCCAAGCUGCUGGAUUACGACGACAUUUUAUGAGCCGGAGAAGCCAUGGUUCCAGGAGGCCGACCCCCGUGUCUCGGAAGUCAGGCAUGAGGCAAGUAGACUUUUGUCUGCGGCACGGGGAGCCCCGAGGAGGCCGCGGUGCCGAAGGGAUGGAAGGCAGGGCUGUCUGAGGCAAAGCCCGAGACUGGAAGGGGAACAGCGCGACUCGGCGCCCGCAGAGCCGGCGUCUCUCCAAGGGAGCUGCGUCCAGCGGGACAUUUCUUUGCAGGACUGAGCUGUGUCAGGUCGCAAUGGGCCAGAAUCAAGUCCAGGUCCUUUUAAAGACAUUUCAAGCUCAGGUUUUCUUACAAAAAAUAAACCAACCCUUGCACUAAGUGAAGCAGUGACUUGAAACCCAGAGCGGGGAGCUCCCCAGCAGCUUUCUGCCGUGCUAGAGAUGCUGGAAGGCAAGGACUGCCAUGCGGACUCCGGCAGGCUCCAGCGAGCUACGGUCCACACACGCUGAAACAGAAUUGAAGCUGAGCGUAUUUUAAGUGCAAUUUUUAUACAGCGAGGGGGAAACCCUCCCAAUACUUCAUUUAGCUAAAAAUAACACGUCAAUAAUCGAUAGAUGAGGUAUUUUUAGUCUGCUUGAAAAUAUAUUCAGAAUCGUAAUAUAUCUUCUGUAGACCUAUUUAAUCACCAGCAAUAUGGUUUUGCUGUUACUUGGCAGACCCUGCAUGUCUGCUGCAUUGAUCAGUCAUGUUUGGUUUUGUUUUCAUGUUCCCUUUCAGAGAAGCCGUGUUCCGCUGAUUGUGUGUGCUCUGACGAAUUGCUCGUCAGACACAACUGUUUCACUUGAUCUUUGCUGCUUGCAAACCGGUCUGGUUUAAUUUUGAUGAAAGUUUAGGUUAGAAAUAGAGAACACGGCUGAGUGGAAUCGUGGUCAUUUUCAUUAACAUAUAUCAAUGAAGUAGAAUUUAAUAGCCAGGCUAAUUUUUCACUCAGUAUAUUGCUACAUUUUAGAAUGAUGAGCUUUUCUUGCAGGCUGCAAGUUGGAACAGAAGAUUAUUUGAGAAUGCAAAAUCCUCCGAGGAGGUUUAGGUGUUCAGGUGACUAGAAUGAAAUGCUUCCUGAGGUAUGUAGCAUUUCAGAUCUUUCCACAUUCACCUAGUUGCCAGUUGUUGACUUGCAAAUCAGUUUUUUCCAGCAAUCUGUUGAGCCAUUUGUAGCUUUCUCCUCCAGAUCCUCUUUGUCUGAGACGAGCAGCUUACAUAGCUCUCGUUUGUGAGCAGCUGCGGGUUUCAGAUCCGGAUUUGUGCUGAAUAUCUUUAAGGAUGUACUGUAGAAUAUAUAUUGACUUUUUUAGUCUUCUAGGCUCCUGAAAGUCUAGGGGAUAAAUAUUAUUGUAGUCUGCACAGAUCACCCUGGCUGUUUGGGGGGGUGAUACCAUGUCUGUCUCAGAGAGGUAAAAUAUACAGGAGAAUAACCAGGGAGACUUACCCUGGUCUCCUGAUGUGUUCGUUUGUAAAAGUACCUGGUUGUAGACCCGCUUUUGAGUAGCGUAAGAAUACAGUUAGCUCUGGUCUGCGGAGAGUCUCCUUUCUCUUUCCUGCCCCGUGCAGUGUUACACUCCUGAGGGGCAGGCAACUGGCUAACACUGCGGCACCAUGUACAUUCAUGACCUUCGAUGUCAAAUCUUUAUGAAAGAAUCCAGGUACAGUAAGUGGUGGGGGAGGGGAGAGGUGGUUUCUGACCAGUGGAAAUUGCCCUGCAGAACCAAAGAGUUCCUCAGCGUUGACUUGUGAGGGGCGUGGCCCCAGCGCCCCCAGCUCUG